AUGACUGUAGGGAAACAGCCAUUAAAACGCGUUAUAGUGGUUCCUGGGGAUUUUGGAGGCCGUAUAAAGACGUUAAGCGUUCCACAUCCGUCAAAUACCAGCAACAAAGCCCCUCUGGAGCUAUUCAUCCAUGGUAACGAGCUUUUCCAUUUGGAAAAACAAGCGUUCAGCAGAGGUUGCAGCUUGCACAAGGCACGAGAUGCAGAGAGUAAUAAGUACAACUAUACCAAUGACGGGUCGCCAUUAAAAUCUACCUUUGUUGUGAAUACCCAAGACAGAACCGAUGCAUUGGUGUUGGAGACUGGGACGUUUGAGUUUUCGACCAAAUUCGAUCUUGCUUUCAGUCUCUGUGGAGCACUCUUGCCAGAUUCCAGAGCUGCAAAGGAAACAGAGUAUGUUCCACAUGCAAAUGAUUACGAAAAUGUGACGUUGAUCAACAGGUUUUUAACACCUCGCGACUUUCAAGACGCGCUGGCUGAAACCCAGGGCGCACACUGGUCGUUUUUCCCGCUUUCGAUGCUAGAAGCCGCUCUGCAACGGAUUUGUGAGCAUGUAGAAGAAGCAGGCGACGUAUACUACAAACUAUCGCCCGUCAAAGUCACACAAUGGCUGGUAGACAAAGUGAAGAGAAUUGUCGCGAAUUUCCCGGCAAGUCUUCCAAUUCCGAAAACUUUACCAGAAGAUAUCCUUGACAAAGCUAAAGUAUAUUUCGCAUGCAAUCUUCUGGUUUCACUGGUGCCUCGCGCCGCGUACCACUUGCUAAUCCAAUACGACGGACCCGAUCUUGACGUCUCUGAAGCAUUUCGGGCUUACAAACAACACAUGGAAGUUGUCGUCGCACAGCAAAAGGAGCAACAGAUACUUAUAAAUGCCGCUAUGAAUGUGGGACUAUCCAACAGAUCAACAGAGGGCAAGAAACCUUUGAAAGUGAGAAAAGUCACUGCUGUCAAGAAAGUUGUGGUCAAAAAGGGCGCCAUCGACGGAUUUUUCAAGAAGAAAAAAUGA